AUGAUUGAUAUUGAAGUUAUGAGUUCAUUUAAAAAUGAUUUUUGUGUUGAUGUAUUUGCUAAUUCAAGUACAUGUGAUCUUCCAAUUAGUUUAUUACCGUCGGAUUAUAGAAGAUUUUUAGUUUUAUUUACAUUAUUAUAUAAUGUUGGAUGUUUUAUUGGUGCUCUAUUUAUUUCAUCAUUAAUAGCAGAAAAAUAUGGUCGACGAGCAAUUAUUUUUACAUCUGCUGUUUUAUUUUUAAUUGGAACAUUGAUGGUCAUAUUGUCACCAGGUCGUUCAAAAGGAGUUAUGAUUUUUAUACUUAUUGGACGUAUUAUUGAAGGUACAGGUGUUGGUUGUUCAUCAUUUUCAUGUCCAUUAUAUGCAUCAGAAAUAGCACCAACAAAUUUACGUGGAAUGUUGUCUGGUUUUAUGCAAAUGACUGUUGUAGUUGGUUUAUUUGUUGCUAAUAUUGUCAAUUUUCUAUUAGAAAAUCAUACAUGGGGUUGGAGAUUAUCAAAUGGUGUUAUAUUAAUUGCACCAUUAAUAAUCAUAUUUGGCAUUUAUUUUUGUCCAGAAUCACCGCGUUGGUUAUAUAAAAAUCAAAAUCGAAGAGAAGCAAAAAUAAGUUUAAAAAGAAUUCGUCGAAUAAAUAAUGUUGAUAAUGAAUUAAAUGCAAUAUCAGAUGCUUUACAAGAAGAAAGUAAUCAAAUAUCAAUUAAAGAAAUAUUUCAUCAAAAACAAUUACUUAAACGUAUUAUUAUUGGUAUGAGUAUGCAUUUAUUUCAACAAGCAACUGGUAUUAAUCCAAUAUUUACAUUUGGUGGUAUGAUUUAUGAAAAUAUUCUUGGUACAGGUAUUAUAUCAUUAUUAAUAUUAUCUGGUGUCAAUUUAUUCAGUACAAUACCUGCAUUAUUUUUAUUCGAUAGAUUAGGACGUCGAAAUCUACUUAUUUAUUCAGGAUUAGCAAUGUUUAUUGGUCAUCUUUUUGCAGCAACCGUAUUUUAUACUGGAUGUGAUGUUAUUCAUGAAACAAUUAAUAAUACAAUGAUAAAUCAUGAUAUUGUUAAAUGUAAAACAAGUUCUGGUAUAAUUAUGUUAAUUUUUACUGCUAUAUUUGUCGCUUUUUUUGCACUCUCAUGGGGACCUAUCGCAUGGAUUUAUGCAGCCGAAAUUUAUCCACUUAAUAUACGUGCUAGAGCGAUGUCAUUAACAACAGGUAGUAAUUGGUUUAUGGGUAUUAUUAUGGCAUAUAUAUUGGAAUUAAUAGCACCAUUAGGUAUACAUGGUGUUUUUUAUUUAUUUAGUUUUUUAACAUUUAUGGCUGUCAUUUUUGUUUAUCUUUUUUGUCCAGAAACAAAAGGAAUCUUACUUGAAGAUAUUGAAGAUGUUUUUGACAAUUUUCAAUUGAAAAAUCGAAAAAUAAUUCGUAUUAUUAGAAAACCAUGUCAACAAACUAUAAUCAAAACAUAUUUGUAA